AUGGCUGUCGUCACUAACCUCGGAAGCUAUCUGAAGAUUUCUUAUGUCAUAUUUGCAUUUUGUUCUGCUUUCUUUCUCGGUGCUCUCAAAGGUUUGGUCGUUGGUCCAAUAGCUGGUUUAACAAUAAUAGCAGGAAAUGUUGGAGUGAUUCUUGGUUUGUUCCCCGCACAUGUUACUUGGACAGUUUACGCUGUUGCAAAGACAAACAGAUUUGAUAUUCCUCUGAAACUAGCCAUCUUGGUAGCACUUCCUGCAUUGUUUGGUAUAUGGUUAGGUCUAAGUAUAGCAGUUAGUGUCCUUGUUGGUGUUGGCUAUGGAUUCUUCACUCCAUGGAUCUCUGCUUUUGAAGCAUUCAGACAAGACACUGAACCCAACAAGUUCUUCCACUGUCUUGUGGAACUGCGUGAAUCACCUGCCUCAGAUGAGCUUCAAACUCUUAGACUAUCUCAAGAUGCCAUUAACAGAGAAGGACCAUUCCUUGAGAUAGCUUGCAUCCCCGUUGCUGGUUUGACAAUACUAUUAUGGCCUAUUAUUGUCAUUGGAUUUGUCUUGACAACCAUCUUCGCCAGCAUCUUUGUGGGUUUGUAUGGAGCCGUAGUUGUGUUUCAGGAAAGGUCAUUUAGAAGAGGAGUGUCAUAUGUCAUUGCAGUAGUUGGAGAGUUUGAUGAGUAA